ACUUGGAAUUCAAUUAAAGAUUUGUAACAAAGGAGUAUGUGAGAAAACGAUACAAGACGUAGUGGAACGCUUCUGGGAUAUCAUCGAAGAAAUUAACAUAAAUAGAGUUUUACGUUUUCUUAAAGACAACAUUGUUAUGGUUAUUGUAAUAAUUACUUCAGUUAUUUGGAUCCCAGCAAGCUGUAUCAUUUCCUAUUUUGAUCGUAAGAAGUUUCGCUAUGAAAUGAAGCAAGUUGACUGGAGUCAGAAGCUCGAUUUAAUUCAUCCCAGUGCUCGACGUCGCGUAAUACAUAUACGGGUACCGCGACUUAAACCAGCUACUAGUAUUUUUAAAGUUUCUUUUUCAUUUAUUUUAACCUCAGCCUGGAACGUGAAACACGUUUUAAAUGUAGCGUGGGUUCAUUUCAAUUUUCAUUUGCAACGUACCUGUACAACAUUAAAUUCGCCACUUUUGGCUUCAGCGCCUAAACUUAUUU